GCUUUGGUUUGGUUUGCUCCCAUCCCCUGCCUCUUGAGACCCGUUCUUGUCUCCCUUUCACUCCAUCUGAGACCCCGUCUUGCUCGCCCAUCUCCCCCAUCCGAAACCCGUCUUGUUUCCACCCCUCUACUAUCUCCAACCUAAACUUUCCUCCUUCCGAUCUCAUCACUAACCAACUCAAUCCUCAUGACCGUCGCAGAGACCAUGGAACCCUACAAGACACGCGAGGUCCCAGGAUCUUCCAACUGGGCUCGACGCGGUCGUAUGGAUUGUGGUUGGUUGGUUGGGGGGAUUGGGAGGAGAGAAAGUGAUGGCUGUAAAUGGUACAACGGGGAGGGAACAAGGACGGGCUUCAGUUGGGAUCAUCGAUUUUGUUUGAUCUUUGUUACUGUUUUUGUUGUCAUUGUUCUCGCCUUGCAGGAUAGACCCGUCUAUCCCCCCCCACCUUCUACCAUACCACUACGCAUGCAAAGCAUACCAAACCACGCAAAGAGAUCGAUCAAAUUCACCAUGUUACCAUAUCAUUGUCAUUGUUUUCUCACUUUGCCAUUUUCGUUUCCAAUUUCCAGUUCCCGAUUGUUCUGUUGUUUAUCUCAUUCUGGCCCGACUACAGAAAAAACAGGCGCGGCGCACUUUUAGCAUAGCGGUAUGGGUUUUUGUUCGCAAUGGAAUCUUUCACUUUACAAGAAAUUUUUUUUCUACUCUUUUUUUUAAGAUAGGAUAGUUUGUGUAUUUUAUUUAUUUGCCUCUUUUUUAAUGGAGUACCUAGGU